AUGGUCAGCAUACACGAGGCGAACAUCGACAUCCGCGUGACGGAGAGCGUGUGCGCGUUCGUGGCGAUAUGCAUGACUAUCGUGAGGUUGUAUAUUCGGAGGACGAGGUUAUGGUGGGACGACGCAUGGACUAUAUUCAGCUUCGUCUUCGUCCUGCUGCAGAUCGCCGCGGCGUUCUUACAUGUCGAUAACUACUCGGACCUGCCAAAGUCGGGCCAUGUAGCGGCGUACUACCUCCUCGCGACGACAUUCUACUGCAUAAUCUGGUCAGCCCGCCUCAGCAUCCUCUUCUCCAUCAUCCGCAUCGACCCCGACCCGCGCUGGCAAUACCGCCUCAAAUGGGUCGCCGCCAUCUUCAUCGCCGCGCUCCUCUUCUUCCUCGCCCAACUAUUCUGGGUGUGCGAGCCCAAAGGCCACGAGUGGAAGAAUCUGCCGAGCCCGCAGUGCCAUCUAGGACUUCAAGUCGUCAUUUGCCAGGUCGUCUCGGACGUCAUCGCGGACUUGCUGCUCAUCACGCUCCCCAUCCGGCUCAUCUACGGCAUGACGGACCGCGCGCUCCGCCGGCGGCUCAUGUUCAUCUUUUCCACCGCCAUUGUAACGACGUUCGUGUCGCUCGUACAUGCGGCAUACAUCAUCAAAGACGGCACGACCUCCGUCCUCAUCUCGGCCGUCGUCGAAGACUGCAUGUCGCUCACAGUCGCGAACCUGCCCGUCGUCGCCACCGCAGUCCUCCGCAAAAUACCCUUCGGCACGCCGCGCACGUCCGCGGGCAACACGACGGAGGGCGACGAGAGCGCGAACGACGGGCGGCACUGGAAGAGCACGGGCAUGCGGUUCCGCAGCAUGUUCCCGACUAUCACGCGGGAUCGGGAUGGGAACGGAGGGGGCAAGACGACGAUAAGAUGGGGCGCGAACUCGAGCGUUAAUGGCCGGGACCAGGGCCGUCUUACGCAUGUCACGACGCACGGCGCGAGGGGCGAUGUGGGCGCGACGAGCAGCUAUUGGGGCCAGACGACCGGCGCGGGGACGUCGGAGAGCGGGGACUAUGAUGUGCGGUGGGCGGACACGGAUAAGGACGGGAAGCACGUCAAGCUCGAUGUCGAGGCGUCCGCUGAGGCGGGGUCCCGGUCGUCCAGCCCGGGGUUGGAGGGCAAGAGCGGGGGCGAUGUGCCGCUUGCGUUCGUCAGCCCUGCGGCCAGCCGAUGA